CGCCGAAUGUAUACUAAUUUUAUAAACUAAUAAAAAUAUGUUACUGUGUUAACUUAACGCCGCAGCUAAAUAUUAUUACUGUUGUUCGACCAUUACGACGGACAUGACCGUUCAUUGUCCAACCGGACCAUCCGGCGGAAUACUUCAUAGUGUGUAGCAUGUUCAAUGUGAUAUUAUUUGUGGUCGUCCGCGAUUUUUUUCUACGUUUUUUUCUCAUCGUAAAACACCAUAUUUAUCGCGUUAAAAACAAUAUCGACAAAUCUGCAAAAAUAAUGACACCCGAAGAGUCUCGUCCUGCAGAGAAGGCAGAUUGCAGUAACUCCGAAAACGUUGUCAUGAACGACAAUACAAUGAAUUCCGACACUACAACUGGUAGCACUACCACCGGCGGUGGAGUCAACUUCAUAGUCGGUGACGAAGACGGUGCCGAUCAAUCGUCUGCCGAGCUUGUCAAUGGCGAUCUGAUAAGAGCUCUGGAAGAGGAGAAACACGAGAACACCGAUUCGUUCCCGUUGACCAACGGAAAGGAGCCUUCGAGAAUGGGGGUGACGUCAAACAGCAACUCUUACAAAGACAUGUUCGGCCUGACAGAAAGGAGGAAACGUUUGAGGCCUAGUAUGUCACAAGGUACUGUCAUUCAUCAGAGACUUACAGAAAAAGAUUUUAACAUUAGCACUCCCGAAGAGUUUGUUAAACGUUUUAAAGGAACUCGUGUUAUUAAUAAGGUUUUAAUUGCUAACAAUGGUAUUGCUGCUGUUAAAUGUAUGAGAUCUGUCCGUCGGUGGUCUUAUGAAAUGUUUAGAAAUGAAAGAGCUGUUCGAUUUGUUGUAAUGGUUACACCUGAAGAUCUUAAAGCAAAUGCUGAAUACAUUAAGAUGGCAGACCAUUAUGUCCCAGUUCCUGGUGGUACAAAUAAUAACAAUUAUGCUAAUGUAGAGCUGAUUGUUAGCAUAGCUAUACGUUUUCAAGUUCAGGCUGUUUGGGCUGGCUGGGGACAUGCAUCUGAAAAUCCUGAACUCCCUAAAUUGUUAGAUAAAAACAAAAUUGCUUUUAUUGGACCACCAGAAAGAGCUAUGUUUGCUCUUGGAGAUAAAAUUGCUUCUAGUAUUGUUGCACAAACAGCAGAAAUCCCCACAUUACCAUGGUCAGGUUCAAAUGUGGUGGGUCAUUAUUCUGGUAAAAAAAUUGAAAUAGGACCGGAAUUGUACAAAAAAGGAUGUGUGUCAACAAUUGAGGAAGGUUUAUUAUCAGCUGAAAAAAUAGGAUAUCCAAUUAUGAUUAAGGCUAGUGAAGGUGGUGGCGGAAAAGGUAUAAGAAAAGUAGAAAAUAUUGAGGACUUUCCAGCUGCAUUUAAACAGGUACAAGCUGAAGUUCCUGGAUCUCCAAUUUUCAUCAUGAAAUUGGCCAAGUGUGCUAGGCAUUUAGAAGUACAACUAUUAGCCGAUCAGUAUGGUAAUGCUAUAUCUUUGUUUGGACGUGAUUGUUCUAUCCAAAGAAGACAUCAAAAAAUUAUUGAAGAAGCUCCUGCAGUCAUUGCAGAACCCAGUGUUUUUGAAGAAAUGGAGAAAGCAGCUGUUCGUAUUGCUAAAAUGGUUGGUUAUGUGAGUGCUGGUACUGUGGAAUAUCUUUAUGACACAGAUGGAAACUAUUACUUUUUGGAAUUGAACCCUAGACUACAAGUUGAACACCCAUGUACUGAAAUGGUUUCUGAUGUAAACUUACCAGCUGCUCAGUUACAAAUUGCUAUGGGACUACAACUUAAUUGUAUAAAAGAUAUUAGGUUGCUGUAUGGCGAGUCAGCUUGGGGUGACAGUUAUAUAGAUUUUGAUUCACCAAGACACAAACCUCAUCCAUGGGGACACGUUAUUGCAGCUCGUAUUACUAGUGAAAAUCCUGAUGAAGGAUUUAAGCCUAGCUCUGGUACUGUCCAAGAACUUAAUUUCCGUUCUUCUAAAAAUGUAUGGGGUUAUUUCAGUGUUGCAGCGUCUGGAGGUUUGCAUGAAUUUGCUGAUUCACAAUUUGGUCAUUGUUUUUCAUGGGGUGAAAAUCGAGAACAAGCUAGAGAAAACCUUGUAAUUGCUUUGAAAGAACUAUCCAUUCGAGGUGAUUUCAGAACAACUGUUGAAUACUUAAUUACACUUCUUGAAACAGAAUCUUUCCAAUCUAACACUAUUGAUACAGCCUGGUUAGAUUUAUUAAUUGCAGAACGUGUACAAUCUGAAAAACCAGAUAUUUUACUAGGUGUCAUUUGUGGAGGACUUCAUAUUGCCGAUCGCAAAAUUACUGAUGCAUUCCAAAAUUUCCAAAAUUCUUUAGAGCGAGGUCAGGUUUUAAGCUCCAAUACAUUAGAUCAUCAUGUUUCUGUUGAGUUGAUAAAUGAAGGAUUCAAAUAUAAAGUUCAUGUCACAAAAUCUGGUCCUAAUUCAUAUUUUCUAAUUAUGAAUGGAUCUUUUAAAGAAAUUGAAGUUCACCGUCUUUCAGAUGGAGGGAUUUUACUGUCUUUGGAUGGAUCUAGUUUUACUACUUAUAUGCGUGAAGAAGUUGAUAGAUACAGAAUUGUUAUUGGAAACCAAACUUGUGUCUUUGAAAAAGAAAAUGACCCUUCAUUAUUACGUUCUCCUUCUGCUGGAAAAUUGAUAAGCUUCCUUGUUGAAGAUGGUGGAGCAGUGAAAAAAGGAAUAGCUUAUGCUGAAAUUGAGGUUAUGAAAAUGGUUAUGACAUUAACAGCUACUGAGAAUGGUCGUGUAUUUUACAACAAACGUCCUGGUGCUGUUCUUGAUGCUGGAUCUUUAAUUGCUACUCUUGAAUUAGAUGACCCAACUUUAGUUACCAAGGCUGUUGAAUAUAAAGGACAAUUCCCAGAGCUUGACGGUACUUCACAUAUUUACGGUGAUAGUUUGAACCACAUUCACAUAAGUUAUAGAACAAUGUUGGAUAAUAUCCUUGCUGGGUACUGCUUACUAGAACCUUAUCAUUUGUGUCGAUUAAGAGAAGUCAUUGAAAAGUUUAUGAAUUCUCUACGUGAUCCUAGUUUACCACUACUAGAGUUACAAGAAGUGAUUUCUUCAAUAUCUGGUCGUAUUCCUAAACCAGUUGAUAAAAAAAUUAAAUCUUUAAUGAAGCUUUAUGAAAGAAAUAUUACCUCAGUACUUGCUCAAUUUCCUAGUCAACAAAUAGCUGCUGUCAUCGAUGGACAUGCUGCUACACUUCAAAAACGUACAGACCGUGAUAGUUUCUUUCAAACUACACAAGGUAUUGUUCAAUUAGUCCAAAGAUACAGAAAUGGAAUACGUGGACGAAUGAAGUCUGCGGUUCAUGAAUUGCUCAAACAAUAUUAUGAAGUUGAAAGCCAGUUUCAGCAUGGAAGUUAUGAUAAGUGUGCAACUGCAUUGCGAGAUAGAUACAAGGAUGAUAUGGCUGCUGUAACAUCUACUAUUUUUUCACAUACUCAAGUAGCAAAGAAGAACAUGUUAGUUACCAUGUUAAUUGAUCAUUUAUGGUCUAAUGAACCUGGACUUACUGAUGAACUUGCUGCUACCCUUAAUGAGUUAACUUCAUUAAAUCGCAGUGAACAUUCCAGAGUUGCCCUUAGAGCUCGUCAAGUUCUUAUUGCUGCUCAUCAACCUGCAUAUGAAUUAAGGCAUAACCAAAUGGAAUCUAUAUUUUUGUCUGCAGUUGACAUGUAUGGACAUGAUUUUCAUCCAGAAAAUCUCCAAAAACUUAUACAAUCAGAAACUUCAAUAUUUGAUAUUCUCCAUGACUUCUUUUAUCAUUCAAAUCGUGCAGUGUGUAAUGCAGCAUUAGAGGUUUAUGUAAGACGGGUCUAUAUAUCCUAUGACCUAACUUGUUUACAACACCUAGAAUUAUCUGGUGAAAUACCAUUAGUACACUUCCAAUUCCUUUUGCCAUCUUCUCAUCCUAACCGUCAACGUUUCAAUGAAGACAAAUCCAAUAACUCUGAAAAUCCUGACUCACCUUCGAAAACACAAUUUCCAUAUAUUCCAACAUACCAAAGAACAGGCUGUAUGGCUGCAUUUGAGUCAUUUAAUAAAUUUGAACAAUACUUUGAUGAAAUUCUUGACAUAAUGGAAGACCUUUCUUCUCCUGUUUAUAUUUCUCCAAAAAUUAUAGAAGCAGUUGAAAGUGGAAGUGAGUCUAGAUUAAGCUCUUCUCUCAACGUUAGCUUGUCACUUAGUGAAACUCGUCCUGCUGACCAAGAAAACCUUCAAAUUGAGCCCUGUCAUAUAUUAUGUAUUGCUAUGAAAGAUACUGGUAAUAUGGAAGAUGAUAAACUGAGUAAAAUGUAUGAAGAAUUUUGUUACAAACAUCAAGAAGAGCUUAAAAAACGAUCUAUCCGAAGAUUGACAUUUUUGGCUCUUAACAAACGGCAACAUCCAAAAUUAUUCACCUUCAGAAACUAUGACAAUUUUGCAGAAGAUAGAAUUUACCGGCAUUUGGAACCAGGUAUGGCUUUCCAACUUGAGUUAAAUAGAAUGCGCAAUUAUGAUCUAGAAGCUUUACCUACCUCAAAUAGAAAAAUGUACUUAUACUUAGGAAAAGCAAAAGUGCCAAAAGGACAAGUAGUAACUGACUAUCGAUUCUUCAUUAGAUCAAUUAUUAGACAUCAAGAUUUGAUCACCAAAGAAGCAUCAUUUGAGUAUUUACAAAAUGAAGGUGAACGUGUUUUGUUAGAAGCAAUGGAUGAAUUAGAGGUUGCAUUUAGUCAUCCACAUGCCCGCAGAACAGAUUGUAAUCAUAUUUUCUUGAAUUUUGUUCCAACAGUUAUUAUGGAUCCUGCUAAAAUAAAAGAAAGUGUUACUAACAUGGUAAUGCGUUAUGGACCUCGUUUAUGGAAAUUACGUGUACUUCAAGCAGAACUUAGAAUGACAAUUAGACCUUCUCCAACAAGUAAAACAUCAAAUGUUCGUCUCAGUCUUGCCAACGGUAGUGGUUAUCAUUUAGAUAUUUGUCUCUAUAAAGAAGUACCAGAUUCAAAGAUGGGAAUGUUUAAAUUUGAGUCUUAUGAGUCUAAGCAAGGACCAUUACACGGACUGCCAGUUUCAACACCUUAUGUUACCAAGGAUUUCUUACAGCAAAAAAGAUUCCAAGCUCAAAGUGCUGGAACAACAUAUGUUUAUGAUAUUCCUGACAUGUUCAGACAAGUAAUAGAAGUUUUAUGGCAAGAAUACAUUGCUGAACACCCAAACGAUGGAGUUUUAAAAAAUAGUGUAGUAUUUGAUUAUGUUGAAUUAAUUGUUGAAGAUGAUCAUAUAGUUGAACAAAAACGGUUUUCAGGUGAAAAUUCUGCUGGUAUGGUAGCUUGGAGGUUCACAAUGAACACACCAGAGUAUCCAGAUGGUCGAGACAUAAUAGUCAUUGCUAACGAUUUGACUAUAAAUAUUGGUUCAUUUGGUCCGCAAGAAGAUAUUGUUUUUGACUUGGCUUCAAAAGAAGCAAGACGUAGAAAAAUACCACGUAUUUAUAUUUCUGCAAACAGUGGAGCUCGUAUUGGUCUGGCUGAAGAAAUAAAGGGAAUGUUUAAAAUUGCAUGGGAAGAUAAGUCUGAUCCCGAAAAAGGCUUCAAAUAUUUAUAUUUGACUCCUGAAGAUUUUGAUAAAUUAGCUGGCCAAAACUCAGUUGAAACAGAAUUAAUUGAAGAUGAAGGUGAAUCACGAUACAAAUUGACUGAUAUAAUAGGUAAAGAAUUUGGCUUUGGUGUUGAAAACUUAAAAUAUGCUGGAAUGAUAGCCGGGGAAACUUCUCGUGCUUAUCAAGAUAUCGUCACUAUUUCAAUGGUAACUUGUCGUGCCAUCGGUAUUGGAGCUUAUCUUGUGCGUCUUGGACAAAGAGUGAUCCAAAUUGAUAAUUCUCAUAUUAUUCUUACAGGCUACAGUGCAUUAAAUAAGCUUCUUGGUCGUGAAGUAUAUGCUUCAAACAAUCAACUAGGAGGUAUUCAAAUCAUGUACAACAAUGGUGUUUCACAUAAGACUGAAAGUAGGGAUUUAGAUGGUGUAUACCGUAUUUUAAAAUGGCUCUCUUACAUUCCAAAAACCAAAGAUUCUCCAUUACCUAUUACUCACUCUGUGGAUCCUAUUGAGAGAGAAAUUGAUUUUAUACCUACUAAAGUUCCUUAUGAUCCACGAUGGAUGAUAGCUGGAAGAGAAGAUUCAAAUGGCCACUGGGAAUCUGGUUUCUUUGACAAAGGAUCCUGGGAUGAAAUUAUGAGGCCCUGGGCACAGACUGUUGUGUGUGGUAGAGCAAGAUUAGGAGGUAUACCAGUUGGAGUAAUAGCUGUUGAAACGAGGACUGUUGAAGUUACAUUACCAGCAGACCCUGCUAAUUUAGAUUCUGAAUCAAAGACUGUUUCCCAAGCUGGUCAAGUAUGGUUCCCUGACUCGGCCUACAAAACAUCACAAGCUAUUAAAGAUUUUGCUCAUGAAGAAUUACCAUUAUUUAUUUUUGCAAAUUGGAGAGGAUUUUCUGGAGGAAUGAAAGACAUGUAUGAACAAAUUAUGAAAUUUGGUGCAUAUAUUGUUGAUGAACUACGACAGUAUAAUCAACCCAUUAUUACUUAUAUUCCUCCAUUUGGUGAACUACGAGGAGGUGCUUGGGCUGUUGUAGAUACAACAAUUAACCCUAGACAUAUUGAAAUGUAUGCUGAUCCGGACAGCAGGGGAGGCGUUUUAGAACCAGAAGGUAUUGUAGAAAUCAAAUUCCGAGAAAAGGACAUUUUAAAGUCUAUUCACCGAAUUGAUUCAAAAAUUUCAAGUUUUAAAGCAAAUGCCACGUCAAAUCCUGAAGAAGCAUCUGACAUUGAGAAAAAGAUUUCUGAAAGAGUAUCCGAGUUAAAACCAAUCUAUCAUCAAGUAGCUGUACAUUUUGCUGAUUUACAUGAUACACCUAAGUGUAUGUUGAGCAAAGGAGUGAUAAAAGAUAUUGUUGAAUGGAAAAAAUCUCGUAAUACUUUAUACUGGAGAUUAAAAAGAAGAUUACUACAAAACCAAAUUCAAAAAGUAAUCACAAGUACUAAUGAAAAUAUUCUUGAUGAAGUUGCUUACGAAAUGUUAAGGAGAUGGUUUGUUGAAGAUAAUGGUACUACAGCUUUUUACCUAUGGGACAAUAACCAAGCUGUUUGUCAGUGGCUAUCUAGUCAAAUAAAUGAAGCUGAAGGCACUAUUGUAGCGGAUUCAUUGAUUGGGAAUAACAUCAAGAGCGUUAAAAAAGAUGCCAUUAUUAAUCAAGUUAAAUCUACGGUUAAUGACACGCCUGAAGUUACAUCAGACAUAAUUAUGCAAAUGUUCUCAAGUCUCAGUGAAAUGCAACGUCUUGACUUGAUUCAUAAUUUAUCACAGGUUGCAAAUAGCCUAGGAAAUGUUAAAUUGGAUAGUUGAUUAAAUUUACCAAAAGCAGUUAUUGUUAUUAAUUUUAAAAUAUAUAAAUUGUAUAAAAUACUAUUUAAAAAAAAUAUUUAUAUAAAUGUAUUGGAUAUACAUUAGUUAUUCCUCUUUGUUGAUUACCGAAAGUUGAUAUUCAAUGUUGUUAAUUUACAUUUUCAUCCAAUUAUUUUUUGAAAAUUUUAGUGUUAUUGGUAUUGAUUGUUAAGUAUAAUUUUAUUUUAUUAUGAACAAAUUAUAUUACCAUUGGCUGCUAUGUUUUUUAAUGUCUGUGAACGCAUACUGUUAAAUGCAUAACAUUUACUGUAACUCUUUCUCUCUCUUGAUAAAGUCCAUUUUACCUAAAAUUAUUAUUUGUAUACAUUUUUGUUACUUCUAAAAAAAGAAAAUGUUUUUAUUGACAAAGUAGUAUAUUUUUAUUAUGUAAGUAUAUAAUGUAAUACAUGUUAUUAUGUUAUUAUUAUUGAAAGUUAAUGCGAAAUUGUAAAUUUGUAAUGUAUGCUUUUCGUGAUUAAACAUCUAAUGUUGAGAUGAAUUUUUUUUAUUAAUA